AUGGUCACAAUAAUCCGCACCGAGUUGUCUCCGUUGCCUCCGCCGGAGCAGCUCGCUGUUGCAGGCCUCAAAAUCCUCAGGUAAAAUUACGAAAACGGAGAAAAAAGAAAACAAAAGAAGGGUAAAAUACGGUUAAAAAAGUUUAUUAUAUUUAAAUUGCAUUUUUUUUUAUUUGAAAGUGAUUAAAAUUACUUUAGCCAUUCCGAGGAGCCAAUGAAGGACCAAUUGUGCACAUUGUUGAUCACUUUCCAGGAUUUCAAAAAUCCGGUAAGCAGAUUUUGAAGUUUUGAAAAUUACAGUCAAACCUCUGUACAACUAAUCGCAAUGGACCAAAAAAAUAAAUUUUUUAUAGAAAGAUUUUGUUGUACAGACGUUCACUUUUGGUAAAAAAUUUACUCUUGGAACUUGCGAAAUUUUUUUUUAGACAUUGUUUGUCAUGCAAGUAUUCGUUGUACAGAGGCUCUGAUAAUAGCUUUUCAAAAUAAAAAAACUGGGUAAAAUACGUAAUGUUUUCUAAAAAUACGUUUUUUUUUAAGAUCUUACAAACAGAAAAAAUGAAAAUAUAUACGGUAUCUAAAAUACUAAUUUUUUGUCACUCAAAAUCUCAAAAAUAAAAAAAUAUCUGGUUAAAGCACUGUCCUAAACAUAGCCAUAAACUUUUUUUCAUUGUAAAAUACGUACCCUUUUCCUUGUCAACAAUUACUGCCCAACAAAAAUAAUUGUUACCUACAAAGCAUAACUUUGAAAACCCCCAAAAACUUUUUCUUGAAGCGUUUAUAACACCUUUCCGCAUAUAAUAACCAUCUUUCCAUGUCAUCCGUCAAGAAUGGCGAUGGUAAAAAGUAAUUCUUUAACAAAGGUAAUCCUCCAAAAAAGGAAGGGUGGGGGAUUUCCGAGGGAGAGACAAAAAGCGAUCAAAGGCAUGGUAAAAAAAUAUUUUUUUGACUUUUCGAGCCGAUGUUUUUACUUCCCCCCGACUUGCAAAAAGAGUAAAAAGUAAAUAUUUACGGAUCUGCUUCUUCGCAGGCGAAUAUUGCUAUUUUCGACGGCUAAAACGGGUUGAAUAUUCAAGUCAGAAUGGGUGAAAUGUGAUGUAAAUCUGAUCGGCGAUAUGUGGAUUUAUCAGAAGACGGAGAGUCACUUCUAUUGCACACCUUUUCAGGUAAAGUUUGAGGGGUUUUAGGGGGGAAAUUUGAGCCGAAAAUGUAUGUAUUUUUUUGGGGGGAAGAAGUAGGGAAAGUGCUCAAAAUUGUAUGAUUGAAUGUUAAUAAGACUUGCGACAAAUUUCGAUGACUUUUUUGCUCUAAUACAUACAGUGCUGGACAAAAUGAUAUGGUCACCACAUUUUUGCGCUGGCAAUUUGUCCUCAGUGAAUGAAUCGCUUUAAUAUUUGGCACAAGUGAGUACGAGGCAAGGUAACAUGCACACAAAAAGUAUCAAAGGAUUUCAAAAAGUGCAAGGUGAGUAAAAUUUGGAAAAACGCGAAACCGCCAAAAAAUCGGCUGGACAAAAUGAUAUGACCACGUGGUUUAAUUCAAUCUUUUACUAAUCAACGCAAUUUAACAAACAAUCCUAGUAAUGAGUGAGUCCUCCACUGAUUACUAGGACUGGUAUGGGGACACGUUCGGCCAGGUUUAGUCGGCUUUGAACGCGUUAAACCAUGUUUGAUGCAGAGCUACCCAAACUGGCGAUUAUCUUCCAUUAACGCUUUCUAAAACUUUUAAAUGACGUUUUUAUCAUGUGAUCUAGACGUGUAAUCACCUGUACAAGAGUUCGCUUUUCGCACAAACUCCAUGGUGGUCUGGUAGUGUGGAUUCAGCAAACAUCUGGUUACCAUGUCCAGCUUUGGCGACCCAUUUGCUAUUUGACCCUGGGGAUAGAUGUGCUCCUUAGGUUUAAAAUGUAACCCGGAAUCUCUCUAGAAACCGGCGAAGCCAAGAAAAGUCCCCGCUGACACGAUCACAGCUUUGCAGAUGCAACUUUGCCGACCUUCACCUUAACCAGCAAAACCGAGUUUUUCAAAUGGAUUUUUAGCGAUGCAAAACGGCUUUCAUUCGAUGGCCUAUGUAAUUUUAGAAGCUACAGCACACCUCAUGCAUCCUGGGCCAUCAAAUGAACUGUUUUUUGUCGCUAACGAUCCCUUUGAAAAACUCGGUUUUGCUGGUUAAGGUGAAGGUCGGCAAAGUUGCAUCUGCAAAGCUGUGA